UGUUAUGCAUCUACUUUCCAGAAAAAGUAAAAUUCCAAGUUUUGAGUUACAGAGCUAAUAACUAAAAUCAUCAGUCAUCACCAUGAACCAGAAGAUGAAAAUUAACAACAAGAAGAAUAAAAAGAAUGAAAUGGCGUUUUGCGAAGUAUGCAAUUUGAAUAACGAUGAAGGCCAAAACCAUAAGUACUAUCCAAACCACAAAAAUUCACUCUCUAAUUUCCUCUCUCGUUUCCAAACCAAAAUCGUCGACGUCCGAUUCUUUCUCAAAAUCCCUACCAUUCUCCGCCCUGGAAUCUCCUCUCGCAACCGCAUCUGGUGCGUCUUCUGCGAUUUCGAUAUCCACGAGACCGGCAGCUCCUUCGCAUGCGCUAAUGCGAUAAGUCACUUGCCGAGUGAGGAACAUUUGAAGAAAUUGAAGCACUUUAUGUGGAAAUACGGUGGUGGAAUGGGCUGGGUGGAUACUUUUCGGGUUUUAGAAGCUGAUGUAGCUAAGUGGGACAAGUAGUGUGAAGCAGUGAGGAAUGAAGGGGCAGCGUUGAGCGAUGGAUCAAGAGGGAUGCAAGUUGGACCUACAAAAGAUAUCCUCAACCACGAACAUAUAAAUAACUUUGAAAAUAAUAGUUUGGGUAAUGUUAAUUUGAAUAUUUCAAAUGGUGUUAUGCCUUUACAUAAUACAAUUGAGUAUCAGAUAUCCAAUUCAGGAUUUUCUGCAGUUGCGAAUGUUGGACCAUCCAUGUAUUGUGUGGUCUCUACUUUGCCUUUGAAUGCACAUUCUGGUACAUGUUUAUGCAAUCCUAAUGAUUUAACCGCUAACUGGAAUAGCCAACAUUCUUUCCCUUAUAACAGUAUAAACUGUGCACCCAAUCUCGGUAAUGGACAGCUGUGCCAGGUUUAUCAGGGUGAAAGAUCCGUACAUGGAGUGAGCAGUUUAUGGGGUUCACACAAUAUACCUCAAGUUCCUGCUAUGGCUCUACAAUUGGCUGGAGUCACUCUAGUACCUGCCUUGACUCCACAAAUGGCUGGAGGAAAUGUGCAUACAGGAGCUCCUCCUUGGUUUGAAGCAACUCAAGAAAAUCAGCUAAACAUUCAAGUAACACCGAUUUCUUCUAGAUCUGUUUUGGUUGCAAAUAAGUCUGGGAAAGCACACAAACUGAACCAAAAAAGGGUAGGGGCUAAUAAUUUUAUAUCAGGGACUGCUUGGGCAGAAAGGAGAAAGAUGGAGAUGCAGGUUGUCAAGAGCGAUUGUGAUGCUAACUGGCCCCCCAAUUUUGGCAGAGUUUGGCAGCAUGGCAGCCAAAAGGAAUCUAGAAAAGAAUAUGAGAGUGAGAAACAAAAAUUACCCAAUGUGGAGAGUCAUACUGAGAUGCCAGUUAGGAUACAGCCUUAUAUCAGCAAACACAUGGCAAUCUCUAAGCUCCAAGUCCUUGUGUAUUCUGCAGUUCUUAUUAUGUCCCAUCUUUUCCAUUUUCAGGCUUGGCUCAUUUUGCAGAGGUGAUUGAAAUAUACAUUUUAUGUUUCAAACAUCAUUACAAUACAUUGUUUUCUUCUUACUUGAUUGUCCAUGUUAGUAGAGAGUGACGCCUCAUCACAUAUAAAUUUGACUAAAGUACUUGUGAGUUCUUAGAUACAUUCUAUUAUGAAUUGCUGUAAUAGGACACCAGUCUACUUCAGCAUAAUGUGAUAAAAGAAAGUUGGAACUAAGCAUUUGCAGGUGGUCAAAUUAUCAGAGCGUAGUUCACCUUUGUAGGUAGAAGUCUUGGCUAGUUUUAGGUGAUAUGCUGUGUAAAAAACUCUUUGCUUCUUAGGCUGAUGACAUUGUAUACAAGUCUGGCAUGAAUUUCAUUGAUUUGUGGAACUUUAUGUGA